AUGUCAUCCAAAAAUCAAUCUAAAGAUCCGAUUAACGAAUUAUCCAAUAAACGACUAAAAAUUUCUCAGUCCACCGCACCUCAAAAAUCCAUUCCAAUAGGUUCUACGUCCCUUUUAAAACCACAUCGACGGCAGCAACCCUUACCAAUGUAUUUAAUAGUUUAUGAAGAAUUGCCAGAUGGAUCAACAGUAGAACGCUCUGUGAUCAACCCUCGGUUUCCCAAAUAUAGGACUGAUGACGUUUAUAUAACACAAAAACCAAGUAAUCCUACUAAAAUUUCAGAAAACAUCAGAAAGAUUCCAGCUAUUUCUUCCACCAGCCUUACACCUAAUUUUAACAAAACAUUGUUAGCCAAAACGGUUGUUGAUAAACCAAUUACACCACUUAUUAGAACAACAAAUAAUAAAGAUUCUUGUCAAGAAAUUCAAGCCGAAUCGAAUGAACGUGCAUCGAGAAUUUCGAUCAACCGCGAACAUCCUUCUGAUCUGGAAGACAAGAGUGAAAGAAAUGAAAAUAUUAAUACGCAAAAAAUAAUUGGUAGCUCAAAUGGCACUCAUAUGCCGGAAAUUAUUACUAUUCCAGACGACGACAACGACGAAACGGCGUUUCAUCUCGAUCGUGCCACUCAUUCAUUUUAUAAUGAUGUAAAUGCGUUGUCACCCACUUCCUCAUUAGAUAUAGAAGUAGGAAGUGAAAUGUCAGAUUUGGAAGAAAUAGAUUUGGGAAAACCUAUGUGGGAACCACAAAAACAUAAAGAUUCUCAAUCUGAUGUUGUUGAAGAAAGUUUGAAUAUUGUUUAUGUUUCAGAAACCUUUUGUUUACCUGUUAUUAAAAAUGUAAUUGAAAUUGGUUCUUCGGAAGAAUCUGGGUCUGAACUUGGGACAGGAGAUUUAGAGGACGAAGAGAUGGAUGUGGCUACUAGCUCAGAUGAUGAUUAUUAUACGGGAUUUAGAAUUUUUGAUUUAAUACCGGACAAUAGUCCUGAUACGAUGCUCCAAAUAAUUAAUACUUCACUCCCAUAUGAUGUCAAAAGGUUGAAACAAAAAAGGUCAAUAGCUAAUACUGCCGGAACAGUGAAGAGAAGAAGAACAAGGAGCUAG